AUGCCUGGAAGAUUAUUCAAUCCAAAUCAUUUACAUUUUCCAUUACUUGCUUUAUCAAUUGGUUUAUUAGGUUAUGCAUUAGCUACUGCGGAUUGGCCAUGUGGAAAUUUAUAUACUCAAUGUUUUAAAACUAUACCGAUUAUUAUUGUUCUUAUAUUAUUAUCUGCAGGUGUAGGUGGUUUAGGAUUAAUAUUCCUUUGUGAUUUAUUUGGUGCUUGUAAUAGUAAAUGGAUACCUGGGCCACUAGUGCUGUAUUAA